AUGAAUGUUCCCGUUCCUAUCCAAAAUCGAAAUUUCGGAGUUUGGCGACGAUCUAUAGAUUCAAAAAUAUUGAAAAUUGACCUAACUAAAAUAGAAAAGAGAUCAGGAGACGAGACCAAAAGUAAUUUAAUAGAAGUCAACCCCGAAGAAUUAUCAUCAUCACGUACGAGCUCAAUAACUCUAGAGACCGAAAAAGAAUCAUCACCACGUACAAGUUCGACAACAGCCCAAGAGGUCAAGGAAACCACCACCGCCAAAGAAUCACCUUCAUCACGUACGAGCUCAACAACCCAAAGUUCUAUUUAUAAUAAUAAUACAAAAUCACCAUCAAUAACACAAAAUAUAAUAUCGACGAGUUCGGCCGGAACGAGCACUCCUUGUACAUCAACAUCCACUACAUCGAUAACAACGAGUAAUAUUAAUACAGCGCAGGAUAUAAUCUCUAUUGAAGCCAUCUUACCAGAUUCUACUAAUAUAAUACAAUCACCGGAAAGUUCAAAUGCUGCUGCUUCCUCACCUACAAACAAUGCAAGUUCACAAAAUGCUCCAUCGUCAGAUUUAGGACCACCCCCAUCUAAUUCACCGACAUUACCACCGCCCCCAGCUAAUUCACCGAUAUCAUCACCGUCCCCAGCUAAUUCACCACUACCGCUUCCUACAAUUUUCAUACCCAUAAGCAAUAAUGUACCCACACCAUCGCGACCAGUUAUUUUGCCAUCAUCUUCAAGUUCGCAAGAUGCCCCAUCGGUGGAUUUUGGAUCCAUAAUAGUGUCGCGUCCGCCCCCACCGCUUCCCACAAUUUUAAUAUCAUCAGGCGCGAAUGUACCCACACCGUCGCGACCAGUUAUUUUGCCAUCAUCAAGUUCGCAAGAUGCCCCACAGGUGAAUUUGGGAACCAUAAUAGUGUCGCGUCCGCCCCCACCACUUCCUACAAUUUUAAUAUCUUCAGACGCGAAUGUACCCACACCGUCGCGACCAGUUAUUUUGCCAUCAUCAAGUUCGCAAGAUGCCCCACAGGUGGAUUUGGGAACCAUAUUAGUGUCGCGUCCGCCCCCACCACUUCCUACAAUUUCAAUAUCCUCAGACGCGAAUGUACCCACACCGUCGCGACCAGUUAUUUUGCCAUCAUCUUCAAAUUCGCAAGAUGCCCCAUCGGUGGAUUUGGGAACCAUAAUAGUGUCACCAGCACCAUUGGAAACUAUAUUCUCCGCGUUUAGGCAGUCUCCAUCGCUUAUCACGAUAGCAAGUUCAGAAACACAACCUACACCUGCUCCAUUUCAGUCUAUUUUUACAGCCAUUCAAUCAUCUGCAAAGGUUGCCACCGCUCAUUCUGAAACUUUACCGACACAAACAGCUUCAUCAGAAAUCACACCCGAAAUUACUACAAGCGGAGUCACGAGUUCUGUGGACACUUCAAGUGCAGUCACAGAUACAAGUGCAGGCAUCCGUUCAGCGAGUAAACCCUCAAGUACAUAUGGCAUUUCCGAGAUCCUUAAUAAAAUAACACCAUCACCAACAAUUACCAGUAGCAAAACGACCACCGCUUAUAAUAAUCCAAAGAACAAUAGUAACACGCUAGGUCCAAUAAUAGGCUUAGUCGUAGCUGUAGCAGCUAUGAUAUGUUUAACCGCGAUAAUUUUGAUAAAACGUAGAAGUCAAUGUGGUCAGCAACGAAUAACGGAUGAAGAUUCGUUAGAAGGGGGCAAUCAAAUUGACGGAAUCGAAACGGGCGAAAUAAUAAGACCGCCACCAGUGCUAUUGAUUGAUGAUGGUGGCAACGGGGGUGAAGGUUCAGGAGUUGGUCCCAUAGGGAUGCUGCCUUCAAACCUAAUAACUAAUAUAACGG